AAGGUGCUCGUGUUUAAAGAUUUUACUAUUGUAAAUGACACCUCAACCAAUCCAGAGGAGAUUAAGCUUACUUUGAAUCAUAAGGAAAAAGAUCCGAUGAUAAUAACUGUUUUUACGACAAGUAAAGUAAACAAUGAUGCAAUACUUCCAUCAAACAUUAUACUUGAACUGAUGAAAAAAGUAAUAGAGUGCUGGAAAAUACAAAAAGGUCCAAUUACUGUUGUGUGUAGUGAUGGUUGCAGUAAAAGCGGGGUGUUUGUUGCAUUGAAACUUAUCUUGGAAAAAAUGGAGAUAGACGAUGAAAUUGAUAUUUUUCAAGUUAUUAGAACAAUGCAAGUUAGACGCCCUGAAUUCUUCACAGAAUUUGAUCAGUAUGAAUAUUGCUACAGGUGCAUCAAAGAGUAUUUAGAAAACGACUCGGUGUAUGCAAAUCUAUAAUGAUACCAGACUCAGCGCUAACAGAAGUAUUUAUGACAAUUAAAUGGAAUGGUUAUUACAUAGUGUUAUUUGAACAUUUUAACAGUUAUGCUCAGAUACAUCGGUUUCCAUGCAUAAAUUGACGUAUAGAAAUAAUUACCAUGACUAUAAAACAGAUAAUAGAUGUUAAUGUAUAUAGAGCUAAAAUCGAUUUGUUAAAAUUUACAGUAGGUGAAAAUCAAACAAAUGUUAAUCUGUUAUUCGAUGAAAAACGCAUAAUUUAAUUCCUUCAUAUGCUUUAAUUUCGUAAGAUUAAAUGAUAUGGCGUAUGAAGCAAUUUUACCGAGAAUUAUAUAUUAAUAAUUUCUAAUACCUUACUUGACAAUAUAUAUUUCAAUAUAGAGUUUGAUAUAGCUUAUACUUCUGCUGGUGUCGCCAAGUUUAUCCUUUACUUUUAUCUAUAAAUUGUACUGUGAUAAUCUGAUGUGAAGACAGACUGUUUGUUUUAAAUAGGAUGCUAUCACAUACAUUUCCCUCGAGGUAAUGAUAGCACAAAAAGAUCCAUGGUAUUGUUAUGUAAGUCAAAUUAUGACAUUAACAACAACGUAUGCUCUUUUACUACAUUCUUGACUGCUAUUUAUUUACAUCCAGGAGACCUCCUAAUGAUAUAUAGUAAGAUUUAAACGUGUUUUUUUUUUAUUUUCAUUCAAAUGUUAUCAUUUUUGUAUUAAAUGAAAUUAUUUUCAUUGUUGCUAAUGUCAUGAUUUUUGUCAAAAUGGUGAUAAAUUCUGAAGAA